UCGGCUAUGGCGGCCAUGUGCCGCUCUGUUCUUAAACCAUAAACGUACUUCUCAUCUAUUCAGUUGGUGAUAGAAAACGAAGGAAACAGAAAUGGGGUUGAAGGGUGUAGUGAAGAAAGGCAUGGAGUUGGGGGAGAUGGCGUUCAACAAAGACGGUGGAGUCAUCAACUGGUUCCCCGGCCACAUGGCAGCCGCCACCCGCGCCAUCCGCCAACGCCUCAAGCUCUCCGACCUCGUCAUCGAAGUCCGAGAUGCCCGAAUACCAUUGUCCUCUGCUCAUGAAGAACUGCAGUCUCAUCUCUCAGCCAAAAGGCGCGUUAUUGCUCUCAAUAAGAAAGAUUUAGCCAACCCCAAUAUUCUCAAUAAAUGGGUACGAUAUUUUGAGUCAUGUAAGCAAGAUUGUCUUCCAAUAAAUGCGCAUAGCAGAAGUUCUGUUAGAAAGCUACUUGAACUUGUGGAGUUCAAACUAAAGGAAGUGAUUUCUAGGGAGCCUACCCUCCUUGUCAUGGUGGUUGGCGUUCCUAAUGUGGGGAAAUCAGCUUUAAUUAACUCAAUCCAUCAAAUUGCAUCAUCCCGUUUUCCUGUGCAGGAGAAGAAGAAGCGAGCCACAGUGGGUCCAUUGCCUGGUGUUACUCAAGAUAUUGCUGGAUACAAGAUUGCUCAUCAGCCAAGCAUAUAUGUCCUUGACACUCCAGGAAUACUUGUGCCUAGCAUUCCCAACUUAGAGACGGGGUUAAAGCUAGCUCUUGCAGGGUCUGUAAAAGAUUCAGUGGUUGGUGAGGAGCGUAUUGCACAAUAUCUACUGGCAGUUUUAAAUACUAGGGCCACCCCGCUUCACUGGAAGCAUCUAAAUAAGAAGAUGGAAGAGAUUAAUUCUGCUUCUGAUGGUAAACCUGAGUAUGAUUUAAAAGACCUUCGGCCAAGGAGGAGGAAGCCAGCAAAUGUGUCUGAUGUGCAGUAUGUUGAGGAUAUUGUGACAGCAGUCCAGCGUGCACUGUAUGGUACUCUGUCAGAAUUCAAUGGCAACUUGGAAGAUGAGAAUGACUUGGAGUGCCUAAUAGAAGAGCAAUUCGAAGAGUUGCAGAAGGCCCUGAAAAUACCUCACAAAGCUUCUGAAGCUCGAUUAAUGGUAUCAAAGAAGUUUCUUACUUUGUUCAGGACAGGUAAACUAGGUUCCUUUGUCCUUGAUGAUGUUCCUGAGGCUAAACCUGUAUCAUAAUGUAACCGAACGCUUCUCAAACCCAAGCCGCAUAAUUUAGGCUUCGUUUUUAUAGUACUGAACUGAGAGAUUGAUGUGGAUUGCCCUUCUUUUUAUCUGUACAUAUAGUUUCUCUUGUCUCGUUAACUACUUCCAGGAUCUGAAUUCUGAAGAUGAAAUGUCCUACUCUUUUUAUUUAAC